AUGUUCCUCAUAAUCAUCGAUGCACACUCCAAAUGGAUGGAUGUGUAUCCUGUGAACAGCGCCACAUCCACCACUACCAAAGACUGCCUGCGCCAGAGCUUCAGCAACCAGGGCAUCCCUGAAAUGGUGGUCAUGCUGGAAGAUGGUAGAGUGGUCCGCCAACAUGUGGACCAGAUCCUGUCCAGGCGUGAGGAGACGGCAGAAGGGCUGGAUAUCUUCGAGGAGCCCAGUACCCACGCUCCCAACACUGCCGCCGUGGUGUCACCACAACCGGUGGAUCUCCCUGGGCAACCACAGCCCACUGAAGGAAAUCCAAGCUCUGAGUCAGAAACUCAGGCAAGAUUUGAGCAUCCAGCUGGUGGCUACAAGAAGAUUUUUGAGACAUGCGAGGAGUUGUCUGAGGCUCUCCCAGCCACCAUCACAGGCAGGAUUCCCUCCUUUCUGAGAGGGAGUCUCCUCCGUUUGGGACCGGGCCUGUUUGAGGUUGGAGACGAACCUUUCUACCACCUCUUCGAUGGCCAGGCCCUGAUGCACAAAUUUGAUUUCAAGAACGGGCAGGUCACCUACUUUAGAAAGUUCGUCAAAACAGACGCCUAUGUGAGAGCCAUCACAGAGAAGCGUGUGGUGAUCACCGAGUUUGGCACCUUUGCUUACCCCGAUCCCUGCAAAAAUAUCUUCUCCAGGUUCUUCUCGUACUUCAAGGGCGUGGAGGUGACUGACAACUGCCUGGUGAACGUGUAUCCCAUCGGCGAGGACUUUUACGCGGUGACAGAGACCAACUACAUCACCAAAGUCAACACGGAUACCCUGGAAACCCUGAAAAAGGUUGACAUGUGCAACUACAUCAACAUCAACGGGGUGACGGCGCACCCCCACAUCGAGAGGGACGGCACCGUGUUCAACAUCGGGAACUGCAUGGGGAAAGGAGCCACACUGGCCUACAACAUCGUCAGGAUCCCCCCCACACAGAAAGAUAAGUCCGAUCCCAUUGAGAAGUCCAAGGUGGUAGUGCAAUUCCCCAGUGCCGAGAGGUUCAAGCCGUCCUACGUGCACAGCUUCGGCAUGUCGGAGAACUACUUCGUCUUUGUGGAGACCCCCGUGAAGAUCAACCUGCUGAAGUUCCUGAGCGCUUGGAGUAUUCGAGGCUCCAACUACAUGGACUGCUUUGAGUCUAAUGAAACCCUUGGGACAUGGUUCCACAUUGCCAGGAAGGACCCCGGAGAGUACAUUGACCACAAGUUCAGGGGCGCUGCCAUUGGCCUUUUCCAUCACAUCAACACUUACGAGGACCAAGGCUUCGUUGUCGUUGACCUGUGUGCAUGGAAAGGUUUUGAGUUUGUCUACAACUACCUCUGGCUGGCAAACCUGCGCGCCAACUGGGAGGAGGUCAAGAAGGCGGCCAUGAUGGCACCCCAGCCAGAGGUCCGCAGAUAUGUGAUCCCCCUGGACAUCCACAAGGAGGAGCAGGGGAAGAACCUGGUCAGCCUGCCGUACACCACCGCCACAGCGGUCAUGCACUCUGAUGGAACGAUCUGGCUGGAGCCUGAGGUGCUGUUCUCCGGACCCCGCCAAGCAUUUGAGUUUCCCCAGAUAAACUACGAGAGGUACGCAGGGAAGAACUACACAUACGCCUAUGGCCUCGGUCUCAACCAUUUCAUCCCGGACAGGAUCUGCAAGCUCAAUGUGAAGACCAAGGAGACCUGGGUAUGGCAGGAGCCAGACUCGUACCCCUCGGAGCCCCUGUUCGUGCAGACUCCCGAUGGUGUAGAUGAGGACGACGGUGUGCUGCUGACCAUCGUGGUGUCACCCGGUGCCCAAAGGCCAGGAUACCUGCUAAUCCUCAACGCCAAGGAUCUGUCUGAGAUCGCCAGGGCAGAAGUGGAGUGCGCCAUCCCCGUCACCUUCCACGGGAUGUACAAACCCUAACACGACAUUCCUUGGGCCGCCA